AUGACAGAGAAGCCCAAGCCUUCGCUCGUCAAGAUACCUUCUCGGACAUCUUCUCACCAGAGACCGUCCGAGACCACGUCUACUACCACGCCUGUACCGACCAUACCGAAUGAACAGCCCCCGGCUCCCAGGCGCGGCUCUAAACGAAGCCUCCUGAGCAGAAGUAGGAAUGCCAGCCGUAGCAGCAGGAAGUCAGCUAAGCCUGCUCGGGCUGCUGACGACCCCAAGGAGCCAGUGCCUCCCCCGGCACAGUCUGGCGCUCCCAGAAACGAGAAGAAGCCUCGGAGCGGCUUUCUUGCCAUUUUGAACUGUUGUUUACCACACCAACUGCCUGAUGAUACAAAGUCGGACGAUCCUGACGUCUCCGCGAAGAAAGUCAAAAUACAGCCUACACCGCAGAGAACAUCCAGGCCACCGGAACAGAGUGAAGUCGUCGAAAACGAGAAACCACUGGAAGGCAGGACGCCCGCGGCCGAGCCGUCUUUGGAGGGUCGAGGGGCUGAAGAAGAGAAGGCUGCGCAUCCCGAGAAAAGGGCGAAUGACGAUGCCAGACCAAGAAUAUCACGAGAGCCCGUGGCAAGUGGCAACGGUGCGGGAUCUCCCACAGCUGAGUUGAAUCCCGAGGACCAUGGUGCAGUUCCUGGCCGCGGUCAAGACCAACUACAGACCACAACUGCCACUGCACCCGAAUCGUCUGCCAAACCAGAACCAAGUGUGACGGUGGCAACGCCUUUCAAACAAGACACCCCCAUAGACGCCCAAAAGCAUGGAAAGGAGAACAACAGAAACAGUGAUGUCGAGAUGGAUGAUGCCCCUCCUGCAGUGCCAAGUGUCGACGAUGAACCCGUAGACGAGCCCCCUCAACCUGCAGAGCAACAACCUCAAGUGUCUCUGCCUCCACCGCCACCCUUGGAGAAACGCCAGGAGCAGAUAUCCACCAAGGAAUUUCCACCUAUCCCAGAAGCGGCGCUCGAAAAGCACUCAUGGCUCCUGCCACCAGUUGACCCUCACCUGAAGGGAAGGAAGUGUUUGGUUCUUGAUCUUGAUGAAACGUUGGUACACAGCAGCUUCAAGAUCCUCAACCAGGCAGACUUUACGAUUCCGGUCGAGAUUGAAGGCCAGUACCACAACGUAUACGUCAUUAAAAGGCCAGGCGUGGACGCCUUUAUGAAACGGGUUGGCGAACUGUACGAAGUGGUCGUCUUUACAGCCUCAGUUUCCAAAUAUGGUGAUCCAUUGCUGGACCAGCUAGAUAUCCACCAUGUGGUGCACCACCGACUGUUCCGGGAGAGCUGCUAUAAUCACCAAGGAAACUAUGUGAAGGACUUAUCACAAGUUGGACGGGAUCUGAAAGAAGUGAUCAUCAUCGACAACUCGCCGACGUCGUACAUCUUCCAUCCGCAACAUGCGGUUCCAAUAAGUUCAUGGUUUUCGGAUGCCCACGACAAUGAGUUGCUCGAUCUGAUCCCGGUCCUCGAAGAUUUGGCAGGGCCACAAGUGCAAGACGUGAGCCUGGUAUUGGACGUGGCUCUCUGA